AUGGCGCCUGCAGCCCCGGGCCAGGCACCUGCAGCCCCGCCCCAGGCUCAUGCAGCCCCGCCCCAGGCACCUGCAGCCCCGCCCCAGGCACCUGCAGCCCCGCCCCAGACUCAUACAGCCCCGCCCCAGGCACCUGCAGCCCCGCCCCAGGCUCAUACAGCCCUGCCCCAGACUCAUACAGCCCCGCCCCAGGCACCUGCAGCCCCGCCCCAGGCACCGGCAGCCCCGCCCCAGACUCAUACAGCCCCGCCCCAGGCACCUGCAGCCCCGCCCCAGGCACCUGCAGCCCCGCCCCAGGCUCAUACAGCCCCGCCCCAGGCACCUGCAGCCCCGCCCCAGGCUCAUACAGCCCCGCCCCAGGCACCUGCAGCCCCGCCCCAGACUCAUACAGCCCCGCCCCAGGCACCUGCAGCCCCGCCCCAGGCACCUGCAGCCCCGCCCCAGACUCAUACAGCCCCGCCCCAGGCACCUGCAGCCCCGCCCCAGACUCAUACAGCCCCGCCCCAGGCUCAUACAGCCCCGCCCCAGGCACCUGCAGCCCCGCCCCAGGCACCUGCAGCCCCGCCCCAGGCACCUGCAGAACCCCCCCAGGCGCCUGCAGCCCCGCCCCAGGCUCAUGCAGCCCCGCCCCAGGCACCUGCAGAACCCCCCCAGGCGCCUGCAGAAACCCCCCAGGCACCUGCAGCCCCGCCCCAGGUGCCUGCAGCCCCGCCCCAGGCUCAUGCAGCCCCGCCCCAGGCACCUGCAGAACCCCCCCAGGCGCCUGCAGAACCCCCCCAGGCACCUGCAGAACCCCCCCAGGCGCCUGCAGAACCCCCCCAGGCACCUGCAGCCCCGCCCCAGCGACCACCACAGCGACCACCACAGCGACCAGCACAGCGACCAGCACAGCAACCAGCACAGCGACCACCACAGCAACCAGCAUAG